AUGAAUAUUUGGAGGAUCGCAGAGCACUUACGAAAGAACUGGGGACGCCUUCACCGAACUCGGUUGGAGGUCUGGACCUACUCCCAGGAUACUUUAUUCCCGCAGAUACAAGCAUUCACCUGGGAAGUCUGGCUUGCUUACUCAGCACCAUUACCGUCAAACCACAAGCAGCUGCGGUCCUUGUUUCUGAUGUGCUGUUGCAUAGCUGUGUCAAUAGGAGGCCUCUUUUAUCGCUGGAUGUUUUCCUCACUGCAGUACUCCUUCCGGUUCUCUGCUGCGACUGCCGCCGCAGUUAGUCUUCUUGCCUUGUUGACUCUUUUCUUAGUGCACCCUGCCCGUUGCAUGUUCACGAUGAUUGUGCCUACGUUAGGGACCAAGCAAGGGCGGAGGCUUCUCCUGUCUGCAUGCUUCAUGAUUGUGGCAGUCAACAUCACCCCUAACAUCUUGAGCAACAUCCAAGCCAUACUGCAGGUCAUUAAAUGCAUCUGCAAGAAUUCCUCCAAGAGCGUUCUUACCUCAACCCACCUGUUGGGAAAUGCUUCUUGGGAUUUCAGCCACUAUCUCAAAGGGGUGAUUAACUACAUGCCCAGCCAAAUAGUGAAACCUGGAGACGGCCACAUUCAGUUUGAAACACACAACAACAGCUUCUUGCUGAGUCGAAAAAUGAUCACCACGAGCCAAGGGAUCAAGGAAGAUUUCUCACAUGUUGAAAUGCUGGCCCAGAAGGCUGCACUGUUGUCCAACCGGGUCGUGGCUGGCUUCUUCCUCUUCUACUUGAUUUUUGAAUCAGCUUGGUAUCUGAAGAACUAUCUGACUGACCUCCAAUUUGACAAUAUUUAUAUCACCAAAAAGCUAGAAGAUUUGGCUCAGAAAAAUCAAGCCACUCACCUACUGGUUUGCUCUCCUAAAAAGCUGAUCAAGCCCACUGGUCUCAAGUUGACCCGAGAGGAACUCAUGACAUGUUUGAGACAGAUGAUUCUCAUCACAUUAAUGCUGAUAUUGACCCUAGUGAUCAUAGCAACAGAUUAUAUUGCCUUCCACUUGGCGCAAGCAACUGUGACUGAAGUCUCUCGGUUCCCUGCAGUGCCAAUUAAAUUCCAGAUAAAAUAUGAUGUCAAACUUACUUGGUUGAAAUUUUUGGGAAAGAUUUUUAAUGAUGCUUUUCCAACAGGACAAGUCAUAGCUCCAUUUGAAAGCAGUUACCAUCAGAAUCUGACCGUUGUCUCUGCUAACUGCUCCCUGAAGUGGCCGUGUCCUCCGAACCCAUCUGUGAUCUUUGCUGUCGGACUCCUUUAUUGCAUCAUUUAUGCUAUGAUAUUUCUGGAAACGUACUCACAUCGACUGUGCCGAAAAAUUUCAGCCUCUUUUUUUGAGAGCCAUGAAGAUCAGAGGCUCCAGUAUCUGUACAGGAAACUUGUUAGGAAACACAAAAGAAAGGAGCAAAAGCAACACCAGCAGAAAUCCACAGUAUUUUCUUAA